AUGGGCUCCAGUCGCUCGGAUGGCGCUGGGAAAGAGCGACUGCGGUGGACACAAGAGCUACACGACCGGUUUGAAGAAGCUGUUAACCAGCUCGGUGGCCCUGACAGGGCUACUCCGAAAGGGAUCCUGAAGGCUAUGAGCAUUCCUGGGCUAACCAUCUACCAUGUCAAGAGCCACUUGCAGAAAUACAGGAUCUCCAAAUUUAUCCCAGAAACACCCAAUAGAGGGAUGGAGAGAAGGAACAUUUCGGAGAUGCUGCCCAAUUUCAGUGCCACCUCAGGAGCUCAACUGAACGAAGCACUGCAAGUGCAGGUGGAAGUGGAGAGGAGGCUGAGUGACCAUCUUGAGGUUCAGAGAAGUCUAAAGCUGAAGAUCGAAGCUCAGGGGAGGUUCCUGGAGAGGAUGGUGGAGGAGCACAGGAACAGAGCUGCUUUUUCCAAGCCUAGGCCCUUCCCUACCAUGUCCUUGCCAUCUCUCUACGACGAGUCCGAGUCCAACACCAAGGAAGACGAGUCGGACUCGGAAGGAGACCGCCUGGAAGUUCAGUCGGCACAGGAUUUCAGGGAUAUGAAGAGGCUCAGAAUGGAGAACGACAUUCUGCCGCUGCGGUACAAGAUCUCUUCUUCAGUGGCUGCUGCGGCAGUACUGGAUCCCUACUCGGCGGCUGUUCAGAACAUGUUGAUGUUUCAGAAAGAUGCCAAAUUCUCGUACCCAACUCAAGGGAUCAACUUUGCCUGGAACAACAUGGCCCGCCCCACCCCACUGCUACCUAGCUUUUUCUGA